CGUUCCAGCACAGGCCUACAAAAUGUGUUGAACAGCAACUGGACUGUGUUCAAAAUGAUUUUGCCUGCGGAAAUUCCGUUAGUUGUUUCAAUUUUUGUGUGGAAUAUUUAGUUUUUAGUAUCAUGAACGGAGCGACUACACACGGAUAAGCAGUCCUCGUAGGGGGUUCCUGAGUACUACAAAAGAGGCAAUAUCUGAGAUUGAACAGAAGUCCAGUCGGGACACGGCCACAGUGACGGUAUGUCAUCAGAUCGGCAAAGCAAUGUAUCGCCUGGGAAGUGUGAGCUCAUACACGCUUCUUUAGUACUGCAAAUAUUGCUAGAUGAGGAACAGUGGAAAUGGAUCGUUGUAGACGAUGACAGCGAACAGGACGAUCGCGUGUUUGGAGUUCAACUACUCAGGCACGGCAGAACAGUCAAACGGAUACAUACAUAUUUUAGUAACUUAGAAGCUAGAAAGUGUUGCUUGAACUUAGCUGGUCCAAAGACUUCACUUACUAAUAUCCGACUUGUUCGAAAUGAUGGCAGAGACUCUGGAAUUGAAGAAGGUACCAUGUUGGUGCAAACAACUGACCCAUUACAACAAAACAUACAGCUUGAUGAUAAGGAAUUUGCAGUGUAUAAACAUGCAGUGUUGUGUGCUGAGUUUCCAGUGCUGGCAGCCCCUGGUCCACCCUCCCCACAUAGCCCGCCAGCACUCCAAAGACUACAUUUAGAGUUCUGAUCAGAAGUCCACAUUUGUCCACCAAGUCUAGCCAGCCAAGGGAAAGAUUCAGUGAGGAUAGUGACUCUGAUGAAAGCACAUCCCCUAUUCAGACAGAGAUGUUGUUUGAGUUGGUGCGACAGGCAUUUAAUCUGACAUCGGAUAAACAUCAGUAUUACAGCGAAAUUAUUAUGCAAGGACUUGGUAGGAAAACACCAGCUAAGUUGUUGGUGGAGGAGCUUGUAAGCCAGCUGGCGAUACUAGAAAAUAAUAGACAUCCCUUUUACAGUCCACAGUCAUUUCUGAGUCGCAAUGCAUAUGAUCAAUGGCAGCAACGGGAGAGAACCAACAUCAGCAUUCUUAUCAAUAAAUUCUGGCAUUUUUCGCUUCCAUCACCGCCAAGUGUGAUGUCAAAAUCACAGUAUUGGUUCAACAGACAUGAAGAAUACAGUGUACUUAUGCAUAGAUUGCUUAGAUUUGAAACCUCUAUUCGAAGAAAUUCAGCAUUUUUUAUGCCCCUCUCAUCAUCAUCAAGAAGACUGCUCAAGGAAUUUGGACAGCGAUAUGGAGUGGGUGAACUGUACAUGAAAAUUGUAUACUUAGAGUACUUAGCAAAUAAUUUUGAGAAUGAAGUUGGUGUAAUCAGACAUAUUACCAAGACUGUGGAUAAAGUGUUUAAUGUACUACAUUUACAAUAUAGGGGAAGACUUAUUAUGACCAGGACAGAGUUUGAAAAUCUACAGCAGACUGUUGUCUUAUUGCAUGGUCAGUGCGGCAACUCACUGACUAGAAUUAAAAGACUGUUUCCAGACAACCAACCUGUAGAUGGUCUUGAAUCUCUGAUUGGUCUUUUAUCUAGUGUGCUAAAGUUGAAGAGUUUUCUGUCUGGCAAGAAAUGUCAUUCAACAGACCAUUGGUUGAAACAAUACAUGCAGGAGAAUUUUGCCAUUGCAUAUGAAAGGUACAAACUGAUAGCCACAACAGAGUUGAAUCUCAAUGCAUUUACUAUGCCACUAUCUCCACGAUUGAUGAAUAUUCUCCUGUUUAACAUUCGUGAUGAGGUAGAUAAUUAUAAACAGUACUAUAAUGAUGUCUUUCACAAAUAUUUUGAUAUAGUUCAACUUUCUGCCAAAGUGUUUUAUAAUUUCUUAAUGGAAGAUGUUAAACAGUUGUGUAUCCUCUCUGACCAGGAAGAGGAAUCCGGUGAAAUAGAUUUGAUGAUGUUGAGUUUAGCAUACAUUGAUUGA